UAAUUAUAUACAUAGUAGCGUCAGACACCAUACAUAUCAACACAGCAGAGGACAUUCUUUAGUUUGUUUGCUUUUUUUAAAAUUUUUUAGUUUAAAACGUAUAUGAUCCAUAAAUAUGGCAGACCCGUUGAGUGUUUUGAGACAGUACAAUGUCAGUAAGAAGGAGAUAAUCGAGCGUGAGAGUCAAAUUAUAUUCGGAGAGAUCUCCUGGCCAAAGAAUGUGAAAACGAAUUACCUUACUUAUGGAUCUGGCAAAGAGGGAGCCCCCAAAGAGUAUUAUACCCUCGAGUGUCUGCUAUUUCUCCUAAAGAAUGUCCAGCUCACCCAUCCCGUGUAUGUUCGUCAGGCAGCUGCCGAAAAUAUCCCGGUGGUACGUCGGCCAGACAGAAAGGACCUUCUGGCGUACCUCAACGGUGAAACCGCCACUUCCCUGGCGAUCGACAAAUCGGCUCCCUUGGAGAUACCCACUCAGGUGAAACGAACAGCUGAGGACAUCCCAGAGUAUCCCAUCUCCAAAAAACCAAAAUAUGAAGAGACAGAUGUUCAAAAAGUUAAGCUCCAGUUGGCAGCGAGACUAGAUGCUCCGAAAGAGUCCUCUGUUACUGUCGACAACAUUAAAUCUCUCUCUGAAGCUAUGUCAGUGGAGAAAAUUGCUGCCAUCAAAGCCAAGAGAUUGGCGAAAAAACGAACCACGAUUAAAGAGAAUGAUGAUCUCGAGAAUGGCACUGAUCUCCGAGUGAUUUUAGCUGAUGACACGAUUGUGUCGCGAGAGAGACAGUGGAGAACGAGGGAUACGAUCCUGUUGAGCACAGGAAAAACCUUUGGAAAGAAUAUCUUUACAAUUUUACAGAGUUUGAAAAUUAGGGAGGAGGGGAGAAGACACCCACCCACAGACAAACCAAGAUCAGCACCCCUCCGACAACUGCCGCAGCCCACAGUCUACAGCAGAUACGAUCAGGAACGUUUUGUUCGACAGAGAGAGGAGACUGAGGGUUUCAAGAUCGAUACCCUUGGUACUUAUCACGGAAUGACACUGAAAUCAGUGACAGAGGGUAGCAAGCCUGUAGUCAAGAAAGAUGUUGUUCAGAAUCCACCAACACCAUCAGGACUACUGCCAGUGUCUGCUGCCAAAGCUUCUCUCCCAGGUGCCCAGAAGAAGAGGCCCAGCAAAACUCCCAUCAUCGUUAUCCCCAGUGGCAACACCUCCUUGAUCACAAUGUACAAUGCAAAGGAUAUUCUCCAGGACCUCAGGUUUACCCCUGCAGAGGAGAAACGUGCAGCGGGAUGCAAACGCGAGAGCGAGAUGCUCAUCCAGAGGAGGAAAGAUGGAGGACUGACUGUACCAUAUCGAAUAAUCGAUAAUCCAGGGAAAUUAACUACUGAUGAUUGGGAUAGGGUAGUCGCUGUCUUCGUGAUGGGACCUGCCUGGCAGUUUAAGGGGUGGCCCUAUGGGGGCAAUCCUGUGGAGAUUUUCGCCAAAAUUUGUGCCUUCCAUUUGAAGUAUGAUGAGAUGAAGCUCGAUAACAAUGUCGCCAGGUGGGCUGUCACCACGAUCGAACUCAAUCGAGGCAGGAGGCAUUUAGAUCGAGCCAAUCUUAUGAGAUUCUGGGAAAUUUUGGAUAAACACAUUAUGAAAAAUAAACCCACUCUGCGUUUUUAAUCCAAGGAUAAGAUUCUGAUAGUGGACUGUGAAUUUAGUGAUAUCAAUCGAUCAAGGAAAUGUUCCCAGGCGUUUUAUAAUAAUUAUGUGCUCCUGGAGUCAAUUCUGUGUAGAAAUGAAAGGAUCGCAAGUGAAGUGGUGUCCGGUGAUGAUGAGAAAUUUGUGUGUCCUACAAAUUUAUAAGUUUUCCCAAAUAGAAGAAUGGGAAACAUUGACAAUCAAAGAUAUUACAGGUAAUUUUACAGAGUUUAAGAGAUCAGAGAAAAUUGAUAAAUUUUCAUGUGAAGAAUAAAUUUCAAAGUUGGAAGAUCUUUA